UUGGCUGGAACUUUCCGGAACUAACGUCACAAUAACACGCAUGUUUUCGGUGGGAAAAUGUUUUUCACCAUUAUGUAAUAUUUAUAAUAUUGCUGCAUAACCUCCUGUUAACAGUCAGCAAUUAUAUGUUCAGCGAAUUGUGGUUUAAUUAUAGACUUCACUGCCAUGAAUAAUCUUGGCUAAGCGGGAUACAAAAUUUACUCCCCAUUGUUUGCUAGCAGAAGGCAAUUGUGACGUGUUUCUUGCACUCAAAGUACUAUACUGUUAUUGUCACGCGGAUGUGUGGUUAGCGUUUAACCUUCCAAAAACAUUUGUUGAAGCAAGCGGGCUCUUUGAAAAGCGCCAACAAUGCCCGAAAUCAAACUCCACCACGUUGUGUCGUGUAGCACAGAGGACAGUACUCACAAGGCGGACAACUUGCUGAGCUCGGACACGUACAGAAAGUGGAAAGCCGCCCGAGCCGGAGAGAAGCAGACGUCAGUCAUUCUUCAGUUUGAGAAGGAGGAGCAGGUGCACAGCAUCGACAUUGGAAAUGAAGGGUCGGCAUUUGUCGAGGUUUUGGUGGGGAAUUCCUCUGCAGCCAGAGACCAGGACUAUGAGGUGAUACUGGUCACUUCGUCCUUCAUGACACCCACAGAGAGCCGUAACGGCACUAACAUGAGCAGGGUACGCUUCUUUGGACCCGGACAACUGCAGAAGAGCACAGCACAGGAGAAGUGGGACCGAGUGAAAAUUGUCUGCAGCCAGCCUUACAGUAAAAACAUAGCAUACGGCUUGGCCUUUGUCAAGUUCCAUUCACCUCCGGACAAAAACGACCCUCCAGUGACGUCUCCGCAGAAAUUGACCAAACUGGGUCAGUUCCGGGUGAAAGACGACACCGCUGCCUCAGGCUCUAGCAUCCAACCCGGCAGUCUCUUCUUCAGCACCAAGUCCAAUACUUCUCCCAAAGUCUCACCACAGAGUAACAAGUUGAGCUACGCUGCCGCAACCCUGCAAGCUGCCGGGCCUGCCGGCCCGCCUACCGCUCCUCCGUCAUCGUCCACCUCACCACAGGCACCUGCAAAGAGAAAGUUCGAGUUUGACAAAGAGCGUGAGUCAGUCCCCGGUCCCCCACACCCGAAGAGAAGCAGCACGGGAAACUCGCCGGAGUUCAAACCUGCAACUCCCAAAGUCAAGUCCAGCACGCCCAGCCCCAAUGCCUCCAAAGCCUCGUCAGUGAAGAUGUUUGCCGAAAAGAGGCAUGAGAGUUUGCCGAAAACCAAAGAGCAGCCAUCCAAAGGAGUAAAGAGUUUGGAGAAAGUGCCCUUCAAGCGCGUCAUGGAGGGAGUGGUGUUCGUCCUCAGCGGUUUUCAGAAUCCCUUCAGGGGGGAGCUGAGGGAGAAGGCUCUGGAGAUGGGAGCCAAGUACCGGCCAGACUGGACGCCUGACUCGACGCACCUCAUCUGUGCCUUUGCAAACACUCCCAAGUACAGCCAGGUGAAGUCAGCGGGGGGCAUGAUCGUGCGGAAGGAAUGGGUGCUUGACUGCCAUAAAAGGAAACAGAAACUCUCCUACAAAAGUUAUUUGAUGGAUGGUGCAGAGUCGAGCUCAGAGAGCGACAUGGAGGCAGACGACCAGAGUGAGGAGGAAGUCAGGGUAAAGACUGUCCAGAAACAGCCCAGACAUGUUUCUCCCAAAAAGGAGAUAAGGAACGUGGAGGACGAGUACGCCGGCUCCACUGAUGUGGACGACGAGCCAGGCGGUGACGAGGACUCUGCCGCUGACACAGAGGAUGAGCUUCAAAGGGUGGAGAACGAGAACAGUCAGAAGAAGAAGAAAGCGGUAAAGCAGCCGCAGCCUGAGCAGGAGGAGGAUCCCUACGGCGGCUCCACAGACGAGAACACAGACGCGGAGCAAGAACAGGAUCAUCCCAUCCCAGAUCUGCCGGACUACCUGAACGGGAAGCACUUUUUCCUCUACGGAAAGUUCCCCAACAACGAGAGGAGACUCCUGACGCGCUACAUUGCCGCCUUUAACGGCGUACUGGAGGACUACAUGUCGGACACGGUGCACUUUGUGGUGACCGGCGAAGGAUGGCACGACUCCUUUGAGGACGCACUGAUGGACAACGGCAACCUGAACUUCGUCAAGCCCGCCUGGAUCUUCGCCAUCAACCAGCGUCAGAAGCUGCUGCCUUACCAGCCUUACACCGUGGUGCCAUGAAAAGUCCCUUUUUUUUUUUUUUUAAUUUGUUUUCAUGAACUAGAGUUACUUUUUUUUUUAUUGGUUCAAGUCGUUUGGCUAUGUUUUACCUGUAAAAAUCUCAUCAGCAUCAACUUGUUUUUUGUUUGUUUUUUGGGGAGGACUUUACUUGACCUGCGUCUGGCAACCUUGUCUGGAAAAUGAAUCACGGCUGCCGCGCUGCGACUGUCGGCGGCGGAGCUGAUAAGAUGUUUUUAUGAGGCCACUGAAAGUCAGGUGAAAGGUUAUGGUUAUUCCAUACUUUUGUCUACUUCCAACACCCCCACCACCACCACUUUCUAUGAGAGGGCUACUUGAGAUUCGAUGAAACUGACUUUGUGAUACUUUUUGUGUAAUAUUGCGUGCUAGAGACGACACAGACUCAACGCGACUGAGGUGACAUUGGCUGUCUUUCUAAUUUGUUUAAAUAAACAGAUUUUGAAUUUAA